AUGAGCAAGGCCGAAAGCAAAAUGCCGAGCACUGUGCGCCGUGCCCUGAUGGACGUCUCCAACAGAGCGACCAUACCGACGUUCUUCGAUGCCAAUGCACAAGCAACUAACGUUGCGUCCGCCACAGGUGCAGCCGGCCCUCAGAUGGCAAGCAUGCGAGCUAGCGGCGCCAGCAGGGGUGCGCUCCAUCCGCUCGAGGCAGCUUCCAAUCAUGCCCUUCAAGCGAAUGGCUUGCAUGCGCCGGCAACAUCUGAAAUAUGGACAACACCGCAGACUUCGCCUAUGCUGGGCUCAGUCUCGCCGCUGCUGGGCUCCAGCUGGUCUGACAUCUCGCGAUCUUCGUCAAUCUCUCGUUCGCACUCGCGUGAGCACUCGUCCAACGGAACCUCGGUCGACAGCAUGCUCGCGCCUCCUCCCGAACAGGCCACUACGCCGCUCUUACGCACAAGCUCACGACACCUAUCCCGCAUCGCAUCACGAGAUAAUUUACACGAUUCACACUUUCCCCAGGAAAUCAACGCCUCACUCUUACAUACCCCACGAAAGAAGAUGGUGCAGUCAGAGCCAGCCAAGGAGACAGUGCCCUCUGCUCUCAUACCCGCAUCGCUGCGACGGCGCUAUAGGCAAGCUUUUGGAAACCGACUGUCGCUAUCCCUGCCUCGCACGUCUCUGAGAUCGCGACUGGAGCCGACGCGUGAGCAAAGCAAACCUGCAAAGGUCGCAAAAGAAUCGCCUGCACGGACGAAGCCAUCGACUUGGCUGGCGCGACAGUGGCGGCAACGCGCUCAGAAGAGGUCAAGAGAGUGGCUCUGGACCUAUCUAGGCGGCUUUGGCUUGCUUGGGCUGCUGCUAUGCACCUUGCUCUCCACCCAAUCGCGCAUCAGGCCAGUAGCGCAAACGGCCAGAUAUGCGGUCUCAUCGCAGCGCGUAGCAAAGCGUUCGGCCAAGUGGCCACAGCUCCUGAGCGCCAAGCCGAGUGAUAGCUACGAUGCACCGGAGCGGGACACUCUGAUACUCUACCGCAUUCUGGGUAACGAUCUGCCGCCUCGACAUGAGCAAGGGCAAACUAUGCGCAAUGUCAGGUUUAUGCUGGAGCAUGAGCAUUCAUUUGAUGAGGAGAUAGCUCGUCUACUCUCGCUGCAGCACGCCGAACACGUAGCCUCUGGGUCUCGCAAGCGUACAAGACAGAACUCGGCAGCAUUGCCGGUGACGCGAAUCGAAAAAUACUUCGUGCUCAACCGGUUGUCAAGCCCAGCACACAUUGCAGCAUUGACGAGCCUUCUCAUGGACGAACUCGAUGUUCCACAAGACCAUGUCCUCCAGAUUCCCUUUGACUGGGAUGCAUACUACGCCCAAAGCUUUCGAUGGGAUGGUGGCGUUGGUGGAGUGAACGGUCGUGGCAUGGAGAGUGUCUGGGGCAUUGGCAGCGCCCGCCCAGGCAACCUUUCCUCUGCAGCGGGCGAGCUCAAGCAGAGAAUGGACAACGAGGCCGAUCUCAUACAGAUGGAAGGACGAACAGAGGCUAUCAAGCAAGAGCGCCGUCGUCUAAUGGCCAAACUGCGCGCUAUCGAUUAUACAUAUCACGACAAGAACAAUUACGCCAUCAAUAAUAACGGCGGUCGCAACUUUGCCCUUGCUCAUGGUAGAUCUCAACCACGAGCGCGCUGGAUUCUGCCCCUCGACGGCAACUGCUUCUUCACGCCCGCCGCCAUGGCGUCUGUCCUCUUCACCUUGCAAACAGAAGGCGAAGGUGCAUCGGCUCGGCAUCACGUUGUCAUUCCAAUGGUCAGAUUGCUCAACAACAAGCUCGUGCUACACCAGAAUCGCCCUCUACCAAGCACAGUCGAUGUGGCAACUGCCAAAAGCUUUUCCUCGCAGCAAUACUACGAAAGCUUCUUGAGUCCCCCGAGUGCGCCCGAAGAGCCGCAGAUCGGCUUUCGCUACGACUCACUACAGACGUAUCAGCCCGCCAUGCGAUACGGCCGACGAUCGAAGCUUGAGAUGCUUUGGCGACUUGGGGCGGUUCCUUUUGCGCGUGGUCUUGACCGUAAAUCGCUUCCGUGGGAGGUCAGCGAGCGUACAUAUCUCACAGCGAAUGCGCAUGGCUCCAUCCAUCGGCUUGGCGAUCAGACAGAAGACUCGCUUGACUUCAGCAAGGCGGGCUGGGUAUAUCGGUUGUUCAGCGGAGACAGAAGCCAAGAGAUCAGUAGCACCGAAGCAAACCAGCUCAGGUAUCUCAACCGCAUCAAGGGCAUUGUCGCUUUUGUCGAGCGUCUAGACGAGCAAGUAGCGCGCGGCAUGCGCGCUUGUCCUGCUGGUCUGCGAGAUUGUGGCUUCUCGAAGGACCGACUUUGGAGCUGGUCAGAAGAGCGUCUGGAAGAGCUCAAGCAUGCUUAUGACGAGCACGAAGAUUUUGCGCUCGACCGAGUCCUUCGUUUCGAAUCUCAAGCAAUGCAAUCUCUGACGUACGAAGAUACGACACCGGAUCCAGCUUCGGAUCCACACACAGCCGCUGUCGAAGCUGCAGAACUUGCGCUUGCUGGCUACCUCACCUCCAACGUAACGUAUUCAGUGGCAGCCGCGCAGCUCAUUCAGACACGCUUCCUCACUGCACAGAUCCAAGAUUGGUCACACGCGGGGCGGCGAUCAGCGGCGACGGCCGAUGGCUCUGGCUAUGCGUUCCCCUUGAGCUCGCUUGGUCAUAGACCCACUUGGCUGCCGCAAGCAGAACGUGCCAUCCAAUUACCUUUCGAUGCCAAAACGUUCGAUCCUAGUCUCCUGCUAGAUGCAGUUCGACUGAUCCGGGCGACGCCGUCGCUCCACGCACCCAUUGACGAUAUACUCUCGUCCGAGCACGUACACACCCUCGUCGCAUCACACCUCGUUGCACUGCUCUUCGAUCACGACCUGCAAGAGCUCACGCGGUAUCCUGACGAUCUAGGUCAAGCAGCGUCGUACGACUUACAUCUAGCAAGUCUAGCUGCUUUCCUAGACGACGCAAAAUUGCUCGGACGCGUUUCCAAUCGCGCCCGACUUCGCACAGCAUCUCACGGUUUUAUCGAUCCACAGGAGCUGACGGCUGCUUCUCGUAGCGUCUAUCGCUUGCGUCACGGCCUGCUCAAUGUGCGCUACAGAGCGAGCCAUGUCGCGACUGCAUUUGACAGCUCGUAUCCACUACUCGAUCCGGGCACAAUCAGUAGUCAUCCUCGCUUUGCUGCACUGGAACUAGACGCAUAA